AGUAUAUGUCAACAUCAUUCAGAUCCUACUGCACGUUGUAGUAUCAUAAAAGGGAAAUUUUACGGAAAGAGAAUAUCUUAACUAGGCUGCACUCUAUCUAGAACAAUUAGAAAUAAAAAACACAGAAUAAUUAAGAGUGGUGUCACGUAAUCAAGGAUAAAUUUUAUCAAGUUUAGUAUACUGACGUGCGCAGUGCUGCACUGUUGUAUAUCGAAAACCAUCCUCAGCGCUGUAAGUUUACUUGCUUUUAUGUACAGAUAACGCACUCCAUUUUGAAGUAUAAUGUUAGGCAAUCAACUGUUAAGUAUUUUCAAGCGGUUGGAAACCAAAUCACCAUGAUGCUCCAGUUACUUCUCAGAAGAGGCGUCACAGUAAUAGCGUGGUUAGCAACUACAUUACUUCUAGGAGUAGAGACGAGGGAUGAAAACGUUGACUACUGGAUAAGGUCUGGCCAGGAACGUCUUCAUUUUGAGAUACGACGACAACAAGAAGCAGCUAGGUCAAAAGGAAAUGUAGCGAAAAACGUAAUACUAUUCAUUGGGGACGGCAUGGGAAUGUCCACAAUCACAGCAACCCGCAUCUACAAGAACCAACAAAAGGGUGGUUUAGGGGAAGAAAAUGAACUGAGCUUCGAAAAAUUCCCUUUUGUCGGCCUCGCCAAAACAUAUGAAGUCGAUUAUCAGGUACCGGAUUCAGCUGGCACAGCUACGGCAAUGCUUGCUGGAGUGAAAGUCAACUUCAACGUAGCAGGUCUUGACGACAGGGCAAAAUAUAAAGUAUGUGAUCGUUCAAUCAACGAGAAAGCGAAAGUUGAAAAUAUAAUAACUUGGGCUCAAAUGGCAGAAAAGGACACAGGGUUCGUGACAACGACCAGGAUCACGCACGCGACCCUGGCAGCAGUGUAUGCCCAUACCAACAAUCGCUACUGGGAGUGCGACUCCAAAGUGCCAGAAGAGUACAAGGAUUGCGUGAAAGAUGUGGCACGUCAACUGGUCGAAGACGAACCUGGAAGGAACCUGAAGGUGAUUCUUGGAGGUGGAAUGAAUCAACUUGGAGUGCCUGUAAAACAAGGAGAUUAUGUUUUCUGUACUCGAGAUGAUAAGCAGAAUCUUGUGGAGAAGUGGAAAAAAGGAAGGAAAAAUUAUCUGUUUGUGAACACAACUCAGGACCUCAUGGAUGCUGACCUUACUAAGGUGGAAUAUCUAAUGGGUUUGUUUAGCCCUGGUCAUUUACCCUAUGCCCUGGAACGUGAUACAAGCCCUGCUGGACAGCCAUCACUUCUCAACAUGACAAAACAGGCACUAAAACUUCUCUCCCAGAAUCCCAAAGGCUAUGUACUUCUGGUUGAAGGUGGCAAUAUUGACAAUGCCCACCACGCCGGUUAUGCCCGUCAUGCAUUGCAUGAAACAUCAGAAAUGGAUGAUGCUGUAGCAUAUGCUGUUCAAGUCACAAAUCCAGAUGACACACUAAUCAUAGUUACAGCUGAUCAUUCACACACAUUGACCAUUAGUGGCUAUCCUGAACGAGGAGCAGAUAUCCUAGGCUCUUCAAAUUAUGUGGCAGAACUUCAUGGCCAUGACAUCUUGACAUAUGCUAAUGGUCCAGGAUUUUCAAGGCACAAUAAUUCUAACUGCUCUCACAACUACUGGCGUGAAGUAUCUGAUGAGGAACGACAAGAUUUAAGGUACCGCCAAUUUUCUGGAUGGUAUAUUGACAAGGAGACCCAUGCUGGUGAGGAUGUGCCUGUAUAUUCAAGUGGGCCACAUGCUAACCUUCUGUCUGGAGUGUUUGAGCAGAACUACAUUGCACAUGUCAUAUGUUACUCUGCAUGUAUUGGACCACAUGCUACCUACUGUGAUGUUACUAGGUUCCCAAAGUUCAAUGCUCACAAAAUUAAUUCUGCAGGAACAUUACCUUCUACAGAUAUUUACUGCAUUGUUCUAAUACUGCUAUUGUUAGAGAAAAUUAUAUUUUCCUGUUAAACAAAUGUAAAACUGAAGAAUACUGUAUUCUGUUAUGAGACACCAUGUAGUCCGGUAGAAGUUCUCUAAAGUUCCAGAAGAACUUACUACCUCCAUCUUCAGAGUCAAAGAAUAAAUAAAGCAAGCAAGCAGCAAAUGAGCUGAGCGAGGCAAAUGUUGUUCACACAGCUUGCUGUUUUCUUCUUACUUCUUGCUUGUUUACUCUUCAACCCUGAAAAUGAAGUUGCAUCCCAGAAGAUAGUACUCAUCACAGUCACCAACGUGAGAACCUCAAACUUAAAUGUGGAGGUACUGUUAUUACAUGCGUGUUAUAUAUGUCAGAGGGCCUUCAGUUUUCUUCCACGCUGUUGGAUAGUUAUGUUGUUGCUUUGUUACAAGCUAUACAACCAAAUAACAUAAAUAUGUAUAUUAUACCUGUCUCCCAAUUCUGAAAAAUUGGCCAAUGAGAUGCAAUGCCAGAGAUCACAAUAACAAACCUUCCACAUGAGUGCUGAAGUAGGCCACAAUCACAGCCUAACUCAUCAAAGAAUUCAAUAAAUAACUUAAAACCA